AUGGACCAUUAUGCACUUCCUCUAACGGCCGAACAGACCUACCAGUACUCGGAUCUGCCUUCGCCUACGCAUACUCGCCUGUUAGAGCUCCAGCCUGCUAGCGACGUCACGACCGAACUGCGAUGCCACAUCCAUGUUGUUGAUCUGUACGACGUACAAACACCGUUGUACGAUGCGAUCUCGUACACGUGGGGAGGUGAAACGUUUUCACAGUCUCUCUUGGUUGAUCAUAAAGACGAACCGAGCCGGAUGCGCAUCACUGCAAAUCUAUUCGAUGCGCUCUGUAUGUUUAGGCGCCAGGACGCAUCACGAUUGCUCUGGGCCGAUGCUGUAUGCAUCAAUCAGAAAGACGAUGCUGAGAAGAGUAAGCACAUCACUUUGAUGACUGACAUCUAUCGGGUUGCUUCUACGGUACUUGUUUGGCUCGGAUACGACACAACAGCAGACCGAGCUGUCGCGCGCAUCGAUAGGCUUGCGCGCCUUGCGAAUUUACCAUCCAAAUCGCAUUCCAAGCCUCAUUUGGGCCCAUUGAGGUUCUGCCUCUCGAAUUUGGUGAACCUUCCCUGGUUUAGCCGACGCUGGAUCAUCCAGGAGGUUGUUUUGAACCCAAACGUUGUACUUCAUUGCGGCGCGGAACGAAUCCUCUUUGUGCGCUUAGGUCUGGUAGUGGAUGUUUUGGAUUCACAAUCCCAGACAGCCUCCGAAAACACUAGGCAAUUGCGUGCUGUUGUCGCUAUGUUUCGCCUCUGGAGAAGGUGGGCGUUGAGAGAAAAUAAGCCCCAGAGCGAGACACGUUUGCAAAGACUGAUUGAGCAUUUCGACCAUUUCGAGUGCUUCGAUAGUAGAGAUCGACUUUUCACAUUGGCUGCCUUGGCUGGCGACGUGAGACUCCAUACUGAUACGAAACACUCAUCUCGCGGUUCUGAAUACCUUCACAUUAUAGUGGACUACGAGAGCCCUCUCGAAGACAUUUACACGAUGGCAGCCAGAAUGAUACUGAAUUAUAAUCAAUUCGCAUGGAUUCUCGAUCAAGCCAUGAUGCGCAGUUAUCAAAAUAACGACGGCAUUUUGCCUUCGUGGGUCCCAGACUGGCGCACCCCGCGCCAGGGUAACGCUUUACUUUGUGAACAUGUUUCUACUUCCGUUAGAAAGCCAAUGUACGAAACAGACGCAAAUCAUGACCCCACUCUCGUCCGGUUACACGAAGAGCCUCAAAUCCGGGAUCUCGCUAACACAGGCGAGUAUCUUCUCAGAGCGAAUUUCUCGUACGUGGAGCACUGGGUACCUUAUCUGCACUCCGCCCCCGAUAACUGGGACAGGCCUGGUAACGCAUCAACCCUUGUGCGGAUCUGCAGUGAGAAUCAAUUCGAAAAUUUCAAAUAUUUGUCCAACAAUGCAACAAGUUCCACAAUUACAUCACGGGUAGACAACAACAGUUUCGCACCGUUGGUCAUCAAGUGGAAAAGCACAGACUUCCCGAGUUCAGCGGCUCACUCCGAUAUUCUCACUUGGAUCGAUUCGACAAUUUCUAGCAUACGGGAUCGAUAUCUCGUUGCACUAGGCUUCGGCAAUGAAACAGCCACACCAGCUAACACAAGGCUCCAUCAAAGCACUUGGGACGCAUGGAUCGAUCGUUUUGUCUGGGUAAUCACUGCUGGCGGGAAGUUCUUCGACCAUUUAAGCGUCACACACCAGCAAGAUCUGGCUGCAUUAUGUGAAUCAUCAAAGGAAGAGUGGUCUUACCCGAGGAAGCAUCGACCCGCUUGUACUGAGCAAGGAGAUAUUGACAUCCUCACAGAAUACGAGCAGAGAGUGAAGCCAAAGGUCGACUGGUGGAAAGUAAGCAGUAUUCUACGCAAACGUCUUCGUGCGGAUGCAGCGGAAAUGCCCCUGCAUCCCUUGACGAGUUUGAUCGCCUUCACAAUGGAGGGCCGCUGCCUUUUCGCGUGCGACACAAUCGAAUCAUCUCUAGAUAUGCUUGCCCCAGAAAUCAUGGGCAUAGGUGGCAUCGCGGUCAUCGAAGGCUGCAGAAUCAUGUCGCUACCUAGCUUGAAGGGUUCCACACUAUGGGCGAGAUCACUAGUCGUAAGACCAGUCGUUGCAAACUCUCAAGAAGCUCUAAGCCAAGCUAUCGACCGGACUGUAGAUCUGACUGAAUUGGACAGGCAACGGAUAGGCUCACCGCCAGUGUACAAGCUCAUAUCGAGCUGCUAUAUGAGUACGACGCGCUGGGUAUCGCCUCUAAGAGGGCUGUACGAACCAAAAUGGAAUAUACGACAGUGUCAGCAUAGGGACUGGGGUGCGAAGUAUCAUGUGGAUGGUCCAGUCGAUCGAAGGAAUUCGGCCUCGCGCUUAUUCAACAUCAUUUUGAUAUGA